AUGACUGAANAUCCACAAAACUAUGCCUUGUCUCAGAAGCAGCACAGUGUCAAGACGAAGAUUGUUGUGGCUGACUUCAGCAAAGGGGCCGAGGUGUACGGGCACAUCGAAGAAGAGCUCAAGGAUAUCCCAUUGGGCAUACUUGUGAACAAUGUGGGCAUCAACUACGACUACCCGAUGGCGGUGUGUGAAGUCCCGACGUCGAAGGCGUGGGAGCUGAUCAACGUGAACAUCGGCGCUGUGACGCUGAUGACAAAGCUGGUGGUUCCUCGCAUGGUGGCGCGCGGGCGCGGCGCCGUCGUCAACGUGUCCUCGGGCUCCGAGCUGCAGCCGCUGCCGUUGAUGGGAAUCUAUGCUGCCACUAAAGUAAGAAGAGGAGAGAAGUUGCUUUGA